AUGAACCCUUUUAAGCUUCUUUUGCUUCCUCUCUUUGAGCAAAAACAAGAUGGACAAGAUCUUUUCCCAAUCUUGGCAUUGUUUUUCACUUUCCUCCUCUAUAUGUUGUUGAUAUUGAAAACAAGAAAUAGAUCAUCAACAUCUCAACCCACCAAAUCAUCGACACCGAGUUUACCCCCCGGCCCUUGGAGGCUACCAAUCAUAGGAAACCUUCACCAUCUCAUAGGUUCCGAUCUCCCCCAUCGUCGCUUGACAGACUUGGCCAAGAAAUAUGGACCCUUGAUGCACCUUAAACUUGGUGAAGUUUCGCAUAUCGUUGUUUCUUCCCCGGCGGUCUCAAAAGAGAUGUUCAAAAUCCAUGACUUAAACUUUUCUCAAAGGCCCCUUCUCCUUGGUGGAAGCAAGUAUAAUUCCUUAGACCUCGUCUUUUCUCCAUAUGGAGACUAUUGGAGAGAGAUAAGGAGAAUUUGCACACAAGAACUUCUGAGUCCUAAACGCGUCCAGUCGUUUCGAUCCACCAGAGAAGAAGAGGUAUCAAAUCUCAUCGGUGAUCUUCAUUCGAACAAAGGGCUUGUCGUCAAUCUUAGCAAGAAAAUCUUUGCAACGUUAUAUUCCAUCACGGCAAGGGCGGCUUUUGGCAAGAAAUGCAAAGACCAAGAGGCGUUUACCGCGCUUGUCAAGGAAGGUCUAGAGAUUGCCGGGGGUUUUAAUGUUUGUAAUGUGUUUCCUUCCCAAAACUGGCUUCGGUGGAUCACUGGUAUUGAGCACAAACUAGAGGAGAAUUACAAGAAAAUGGAUGCAAUACUUGAAAACAUAAUCAAUGAACACAAAGUAGACAAGGCAACGAGGAGUAGAAGUAAUGAUGGAGCCGAGAGUUUGCUAGAAGUUCUUUUCAAUAUCCAGGAGAAUGAUGCGGCCACUGCCUUCUCAUUGGAGACUAGACACAUCAAAGCAAUUAUCUUGGACAUAUUUAUUGCCGGAAGUGACUCAUCAUCUGCAGUGAUAGAAUGGGCAAUGUUAGAGAUGCUGAAGAACCCUAGAGUGAUGGAGAAAGCGCAAAAAGAGGUGAGACAAGUGUUGGGAACAAAAGAAAACAUGGACGAAACAAAUCUGCACGAACUAGAAUUCUUAAACUUGGUCAUCAAGGAAACUCUAAGACUGCGCGCUCCCGGGCCUUUGAUUCCAAGAGAAUCUAAAGAAAGUUGCGUGAUCAACGGAUACCAAAUCCCGGCAAAAGCAAAAGUCAUCGUCAAUGCAUGGGCAAUGGCGAGAGAUCCCGAGUACUGGACUGAGCCGGAGAGAUUCUACCCUGAAAGGUUUAUUGAGAAUUCGGUUGAUUUCAAAGGGACGGAUUUCGAGUUCAUCCCAUUUGGCGCCGGAAGGAGGAUGUGUGCCGGCGUUUCAUUCGGACUUGCAGAUAUUAGGUUGCCUCUCGCGCAAUUAUUGCUUCAUUUUGACUGGAAACUGCCUGAUGGGAUCAACAGUGAGAAUUUGGACAUGAGUGAGAGUUUUGGUUUAUCUGUGAGAAGAAAAGGGGAUGUCUACUUGAUUCCAAUUCCUUACAUUCAUGUUCCUGUUGCAUAA